AUGACUCGGUUCAACUGGAAUACCAACACCACCCAUUCAGAGGCUUCUAGCAGCAGCGAGUCCACUGAACACCAUCAUCAUCACCACCACCACGAGUCUAAGCUCAGCCAUGUAAUGGACUCUAUCCGGCAUGCACUUGCGCACGAACAUGAGAGGCUUCCCAGCGACAGCGCUGCUCAAGAACAGCCGCCUCAACGACAAGACGCAGCAGGCGGCACCAACGGAUCGAUAAGCCCGGCCCUGCAGGCUGUGGCGUCGUCGAAGCUCAACGAGAACAACAUGGGUGAAGAUUCGCACCAGAGCGACAAGACCUGGGGUUGGCCCGGCCUGGGCACCUUCAAGACUCACGAUUCGGCAACAUCCCAGCGGUCAAAGUCACGGUCGGGAUCAGCAGGAUCAGAAGCGCACGUGGAGGAGAAAGUGGAGGCAGCCACCUUUGAGGCCAUUGAUAAUGCGGCCGAGUCCGAAACUUACGGGUGGCCGGGCCUGGGCUCCUGGACCACAUCUCCCAGGAAAUGA